CAGUGGCGAUUGGCCGCCCGCCUGCCUGGCCCUGCCUUUAUAAUUUCCACACGAGAGCAUCUGGGCUCUUAUACUAACCAACAGCCAGCUUCUCCUGACACAUACACACACACCGACACCCUGCACUUUUCCCACCAUCUGAUUAACAGCCCUGCACACACACAGUGAUUUCUACAGGAAAACAUAAAUACACACGAAGAGGGUUUAUUAUUUUGACUACUGGAAGCCUUGCUGUGUCUCAGUUCAACUUUUGUUUUUAUUGCUGCCGGGGAAGUGCCGAUCUCAAUGCUUUGCUCUCACUCAAUGGUCCUUUAAAAAAAAAAAGAAAGGAAAGGAAAAUAUCGCUCCCCCCUUCGAGGCGGCUGAUCUAAAAAGGCAGGAAGAGAGCAUCUGAGCAGCAGUUGCCACAGCGUAUUUUGAAAGACAUUUGUUACGUUUCAGAGCGCUGCAGCCUGUUUCCCCUCUGAAGUUGGCUCCAGCUUUAGCAGCCGCAUUGGAUCCCACAGCUUAUUGCGAGACUCCGGUAUACAAUCCGGAUCUCUGCCCCAAUAUGAUCGCGGCCCAGGCCAAGCUGGUGUAUCAUCUGAAUAAAUACUACAACGAGAAAUGCCAAGCCAGGAAAGCCGCCAUCGCCAAAACUAUCCGAGAAGUCUGCAAAGUGGUUUCGGACGUACUAAAGGAAGUGGAGGUGCAGGAGCCGCGUUUCAUCAGCUCUUUGAACGAGAUGGACAACCGCUAUGAGGGCUUGGAGGUCAUUUCUCCCACAGAGUUCGAAGUGGUCCUUUAUCUGAACCAAAUGGGAGUUUUCAACUUUGUGGACGACGGCUCUUUGCCGGGCUGCGCCGUGUUAAAGUUAAGCGAUGGGCGCAAGAGGAGCAUGUCCCUUUGGGUGGAGUUCAUCACGGCAUCCGGUUACCUUUCUGCUCGCAAAAUCCGGUCCAGAUUUCAGACUCUGGUGGCCCAAGCCGUGGAUAAAUGCAGUUACAGAGAUGUGGUAAAGAUGGUGGCUGACACGAGUGAAGUGAAACUGAGAAUUAGAGAUAGAUAUGUCGUGCAGAUCACUCCGGCUUUUAAAUGCACAGGGAUCUGGCCAAGGAGUGCUGCCCACUGGCCACUUCCCCACAUCCCCUGGCCGGGACCCAACAGGGUAGCAGAGGUCAAAGCUGAAGGAUUCAACCUUUUAUCCAAGGAGUGUCACUCUCUAGCAGGCAAGCAGAGUUCAGCCGAAAGCGAUGCCUGGGUCUUGCAGUUCGCAGAAGCGGAGAACAGACUGCAGAUGGGCGGCUGCAGAAAGAAAUGCCUCUCUAUCCUCAAAACCUUACGAGAUCGUCACCUGGAACUGCCGGGACAACCCCUGAAUAAUUAUCACAUGAAAACUCUGGUUUCAUACGAGUGUGAAAAGCAUCCCCGUGAAUCGGACUGGGACGAGUCUUGCCUGGGCGACCGGCUCAACGGGAUUUUACUGCAACUCAUUUCCUGCCUUCAGUGCAGGAGGUGCCCACAUUACUUCUUGCCCAACUUAGACCUGUUUCAGGGAAAACCUCAUUCAGCCCUGGAAAAUGCAGCCAAACAAACUUGGCGACUGGCUAGGGAAAUACUCACCAACCCGAAAAGUUUGGAAAAACUUUAGAGGACAAUUAAAAUAUGGGCCUAACCGAUUAAUCUUCUGAUUUUCAGAUAAAGUUUAAACUUCCUGUUCAAAAAGUCAAAUAUUUCCACUUGAGAAUGCUAAUAAUAUUCUCUUUAAAAGGAAUAUUGCUUAGGCUCUUCACACACAGACACACACUCACAACAGCAAACACUAUGACAUGUCUUCGUCACAGUUUUGAAAUUCCCCCUGAAAAAUGUAUCUUAACACCCGGAAACAAAUUCGGCUGUAAUUUAACAUGAUUGUGACCAUUCUGCCUAGAAACGGCACCAAUGGAUUAUAACAAAACCCGGUAUUUUUAUGUAAAUCCCUCUGUGAGUAAAAGCUAUUUGGAUAUGCCAUCUGAACAAAACCCUAAUGUACAUUUUAAUUUGUAUCAAAUAUUGUGAUCUCACAUUGUCUUUGAAAUUGUGGAUGUUGGUGUUUUGUGAUUUGGU